ACCGUCUGCACCAAGUAAUAUCUGUUGCACAGAUUACUAGUAUAUAUUUGUAUGUCUGCACUUAUCGGCACGUUGGCAACGCUCGCAGAAAAAUUAUUGUGAUUAAGUGAAAUAGUGAAUUAUUUUGAGAAAUAUUGCUCUAGAAACAUGGUUACUUGUUCAGUGAUUGAGUGUGGCACAACACACAGGAAUAACCCGGACAACUAUUCAUUUCACAGAUUUCCUGUUCAACUGGAUAUCAGAAAUUCAUGGCUUAGAUUAAUCGACCGGCCAAACUGGACUCCGAAGAAAAAUUCAUGCAUAUGCAGCAAGCAUUUUGAAGAAAAAUAUUUCCGGAUGCGAGGAACGAAGCGGUUAUUGAUAAAAAAUGCAAUCCCAACCAAUUUUGUUCCAAUCAAGAUAACGCCUAGGCGCACUGUGUCAUCCUACGUUUACAGAGACAUUGAACCACCAGAGUUAGCCACAUGUAUACCGUCUUCAUCACAUUCUACAUCCUCACCAACGCUGCCACAACAGCCUUUACCAUCAAUAUACUUCCGACAAGAAUUGACACCAAGGGAAAAGAAGCUUAUAUCUAAAUGCACUAAGUUGAAGGAUAAAGUAAAAAAGAAGCAGCAACUUAUUCGAAAUCUAAGGGCACAAAAUAAACGCACAAAAAAUAAAUUAAUAACUUUGGCAACUGUGCUUGAAGAAAUUCAAAAACGUCCUGGUCUGAAAGAUCAUUUAAAUGAUAUUAUAUCAACAACAUGCAGUAAUACGACAUUUCAAGCCCUGAAUGAACAAGCAAAUGCUAUAAUGCAAGAAGUAAGACAUGUUGCGUCGGAAGACGAAGAAAUUGAUGAAAAACCAUUAAUCCAACUAAGCACUGCCUUAAACAAUAAUCGGCAUAAGGCCCAGGAUCCAUCGUUGAAAGAAACACUAAGUAUAAGUGUCAUUAACAAAGGUGGUCCUCAAAUUGUUAUUGACCCUUUGGCGAUGACUAAAUCUCGUCCACAAGUUCAGUUUGUGACUAUAGAAGUGCCUAAUUUAGCUCCUAGUAUAAAUGAAGGGAGCAGCGAAAAUAUUGAAAUAAAGAAAGAAGUAGAGGAAAUGGAGAAUUCAGAAAUAGAUGAGUACUAAAAACAGCGUUGACAUGUAUUUUACAUAAAUACUGUGGUCCACAAAUCUGGUUUUUUCACUUAUUGUAAUGAGAGGAGAUCGUUUUUAAUUUUUAUACAUACAUACUCUUUAUUCCAUCAUACUACCAUAAUUUGGUGUGAUAUUUUGAAGAAAAAAUUUCCGGAUGUGAGGAACGAAGCGAAUUUUGAUCAAAUAUGUAAUCCCAACCAAUUUUGUUCUGGUUUAAAAGAUCAUUUUAAUACCUCAAACGUGGGAAUCGCAGACACAAUAGAUUUUCAAGAGUUUGAUGGGUUAAAUGAUAUAUCAACAACAUGCAGUAAUAAGACAUUACAAGCCCAAAUGACCAAGCAAAUGCUAUAAUGCAAUCUAUGAGGGUUGAAAAAAACGACAAAACACUUCGGGAAAAGGUUACGCUUGGCUUGGCUCGUCUCGGCGCGGGUGAACCCAGAUAGAUAAGUAGCUAGUUAUUCUAAAUUAUAAUUAAAAUAUUUUCUAUUUCUUCCAGCAGAUAUACUGAAUACAUAUCCGAAAGAUAUAAUAUUUAAAAAAAACGGCACGAGUCGGCCCGACUCUGU